GGUGUCGUCUGCAGUGGCUCACUGUGGUUCUCGACGGCGCUAGUACACCGUUGGUGUGUGUGUACGACGGACGUCUCAUACCAUAACCAUGGCGACUCCCAAGACCGACCUAGAGAAAAGAAAGCAGAUAUCCGUCAGGGGUAUUGCUCAAGUUGAAAAUGUCGCCAACGUAAAGAAAACUUUCAAUCGCCAUCUCCAUUACACUUUGGUGAAAGACAGAAAUGUAUCGACGCCCAGAGAUUACUAUUUCGCCUUGGCUCACACUGUCCGAGAUCAUCUCACGUCAAGAUGGAUCAGAACCCAGCAGCAUUAUUACGAAAAGGAUCCAAAACGUGUGUAUUACCUGUCCCUGGAAUAUUAUAUGGGCCGCUCCCUGACGAAUACCAUGAUUAAUUUAGGUAUCCAGUCUGCCUGUGAUGAAGCUCUCUAUCAGCUUGGCUUGGACAUUGAAGAGCUGGAAUCCCUGGAAGAGGAUGCUGGAUUAGGCAAUGGAGGUCUUGGUCGUCUAGCAGCCUGCUUCCUGGAUUCAAUGGCAACACUGCGAAUGGCUGCCUAUGGCUACGGCAUCCGCUACGAGUAUGGCAUUUUUGCUCAAAAGAUUCGAAAUGGAGAACAGGUUGAGGAACCUGAUGAUUGGUUGAGGUUUGGCAAUCCCUGGGAGAAAGGACGUCCAGAGUACAUGGUGCCUGUUAACUUCUAUGGCAGAGUGGAGGAUACUCCUCAGGGAAAGAAAUGGCUGGAUACUCAAAUUGUCUUUGCUAUGCCAUAUGAUAACCCAAUUCCUGGAUACCAGAAUAAUGUGGUUAACACUAUGAGGUUAUGGUCUGCCAAGUCUCCCAAUAACUUCAACCUUAAGUUCUUUAAUGAUGGUGAUUACAUCCAAGCUGUUCUGGACAGGAAUUUCGCUGAGAACAUUUCUCGUGUACUUUAUCCCAAUGACAAUUUCUUUGAGGGUAAGGAGUUGAGACUGAAGCAAGAGUAUUUCAUGGUCGCAGCAACUUUACAGGAUAUCAUUAGGCGCUUUAAAUCUUCUAAAUUUGGAUCAAAGGACCAAGUGCGCACCUCAUUUGAUACAUUCCCAGACAAGGUGGCUCUGCAACUCAACGACACUCAUCCUUCUUUGGCUAUCCCAGAGUUGAUGCGCAUACUAAUUGACAUUGAAGGACUCACUUGGGCCAAUGCAUGGGAUAUCUGUAUCAGGACCUGUGCUUACACAAACCACACAGUUUUACCUGAAGCAUUAGAGAGAUGGCCUGUAAGCAUGCUGGAACAUAUUCUUCCCAGGCAUUUGCAGAUUAUUUAUGAAAUCAACCAUAUUCAUCUACAAGAAGUUAGCAGGCGGUGGCCUGGAGAUAUGGACCGCGUUCGUCGUAUGUCCCUGGUUGAGGAAUGUGGAGAAAAGAGGAUCAACAUGGCACAUUUGUGCAUUGUUGGUGCCCAUGCUGUGAAUGGUGUGGCUGCCAUUCACUCUGAAAUCUUGAAGAGAGAUCUCUUCAAAGAUUUCUAUGAAAUGAAUCCAGAGAAAUUCCAGAACAAGACUAAUGGUAUAACUCCACGUCGUUGGCUGCUGUUGUGCAAUCCUGCUCUUGCUGAUGUGAUUGCUGAGAAAAUUGGUGAGGAAUGGGCAGUACAUCUUGAGCAACUGCAGAAACUGAAGGAAUUUGUCAAGGACACUGGCUUUGUCCGUGCAGUACAGACUGCCAAGCAGGAGAAUAAGUUGCGUCUUGCUAAGCAGCUUGAGCAGGAUUAUGGAGUUUCCAUCAACCCUUCCUCUAUGUUUGACAUCCAAGUUAAGCGUAUCCAUGAGUACAAGAGACAACUACUUAACUGUCUUCACAUCAUUACCUUGUAUAACAGAAUUAAGGCCAAUCCAGGUGGUUCUUUUGUUCCACGUACAGUUAUGAUUGGAGGAAAGGCUGCUCCUGGUUACCAUACUGCUAAGCAAAUCAUCAGAUUGAUUUGUGCAGUUGGACGUGUAGUUAAUAAUGAUCCUAUUGUGGGAGACAAGUUGAAGGUCAUUUAUCUUGAGAAUUACCGUGUCACACUUGCAGAGAAAAUCAUUCCAGCAGCUGAUCUUUCUCAACAGAUUUCUACAGCUGGUACAGAGGCAUCUGGUACUGGUAACAUGAAAUUCAUGCUUAAUGGAGCACUCACCAUUGGUACUUUGGAUGGUGCUAACAUCGAAAUGAUGGAGGAAAUGGGCAAAGAUAACAUCUUUAUCUUUGGUAUGACUGUUGAAGAGGUAGAGGAGCUGAAGCGCAAGGGCUACAAUGCAUAUGAUUAUUACAAUAGGAUACCAGAGCUGCGUCAGUGUAUUGACCAGAUCCAGAGUGGUUUCUUCUCUCCUAAUAACCCUGACCAGUUCAAAGACUUGGUUAAUAUUCUCAUGAACCAUGAUCGCUUCUACCUCUUUGCUGAUUAUGAAUCUUACCUCAAGGCUCAAGAUGAAGUAAACGCAUUGUAUCAGAAACCAUCAGAGUGGACUCGCAAGGCUAUCAUGAACAUUGCAUCGUCUGGAAAGUUCUCAAGUGAUCGUACGAUUGCAGAAUAUGGCCGUGAAAUUUGGGGUGUAGAACCAUGCUGGGAGAAACUUCCAGCUCCUCAUGAGCCUCGUGAGACAGAAGAGGAUGCUAAAUAAGAAAAACACAAUUUCAUAAUUUCGAGAGACUAGAAUGGUCAUGAGUAGACCAGUUUGUAGAGCAUCUGGAAGCUGUUUAGCUGGCAGUGAUGGCUUAUUUUUAAAGGUAUUGUUUAAUCUUUUUGAUUUGCAAGAAAAGUCUGGCAGAAGCAUUGACAAGUGUUUGGUGGAAUGUGAGAAGUAAUAAGAAUACUGAAGGUUGCAAUACUGUACUGAUUUAUAACUAUGUAAAAAUACUAGUUACAUACUUUGAAGGGUCGCCUAGUCAUAAUGAAAAUCUUAUUGUAUGUAGAAUGUACAUUGCAUAGACCUCUUUGCUAGUGUGCCAAUUUCAAGUCUUGCAUGAGAAAAUUUUACAUGAUCUUGGUGUAACUUUUGUAAUUAUAACCCACUGCAAACAUCAAAAUCUAUUUAGUGUAAAUUACAGAAAAUUUAUUUUGUUUAUUGGUGAGCAAGUCUAAAUUCAACAGUGAGUUGAUGAACGUUAUAUGUUGUUCAGAGAUAAAGUAUAUUUUAUAUUAAUUUAGUUGUGUCUUGGCACACAGUACCUGUUAUGAAAGUUUUAUAUACAUUGCGAUUUUAUGCCUGCUCGAUGGAAUAAAGUUUUGUCUUCAUUA